UAAUAAAUACAGCAAACAUGUCAUGAUCACCGGUUCCAACCAGAAGAGGAUCACUUCACCUUCACAGAAUCAAAAAUCAAACAAAAGAGAGAAACCUUUUGCUCUUGCUGUUCCAUUCCUAUCAAUCCAUACCAAAUAAUAGUAGCAUUUUCCUUCAUCCGCAAUUUCCCUACGCCACCAAACCCAAUUCCUCUCCUUCAUUUCUUGACCCUUCAACCUCAACAAAUCUAGAAAAGCAAGAAAGAAAAGAAAGAAAUCAGUCCUUUUCUUUCAUUCAAUUCAAACCCCUAAUCGAAGAAACCUUCUUUACCCUUCUCCUCAAAUCAAGAUCUUGGUCAUGACGUGAGAUUGUGAUUUUUGGUGUCUGGGUUCUUUAAAGAAAGCCAAAAAGAAUUAUGUUUGGAGGUGUACAAUUGGGUGUAUUAGCAGCCUGUGUUGUGCUUUUUGUACCAAUGGGUAUGGCUGGUUGGCAUUUGAGCCGUAACAAGAUGCUUUUCUUUAGUGGUGCCCUUUUUAUUACUCUUGCUGUAGGUGUUCAUUUAACUCCGUAUUUCCCUUCUGUUUCUGAUUUUGUUACUUCUGUUCAAUCUGUUGUUGUGUUUGAUAAUCGUGAAGAUUCUUGUAUUAAUUUGGUUAAUGAAGUUGUUUGGGAUGUUAAGCCUAGAGUGAUUAAUGAUAGUAGUAGUGGUAGUAGCGAUAGUGGUGGUAUAAAGAAUGGUUCUUUGAGUUAUGAUAAGAUUUGGGAUUGGGCUAAAACUGGUAAAGUGAAAGCUUGUGAGUUUCAAAGGUUGGAUAGGUUUGAUGCAUCAGAUUUGCUUAAUGGGUCAUGGGUUGUUGUUGCAGGGGAUUCACAAGCUAGGUUAAUUGUUCAAUCUUUGUUGAAAUUGAUCUUAGAUUCGAAGCGAAUGGAAUCAAUUAAAGGUGAUUUAUUCAAAAGGCAUAGUGAUUAUCAGAUUGUUAUUGAAGAAAUUGGUUUAAAAUUGGAUUUUAUUUGGGCUCCUUAUGUUGUUAAUUUAACGGAUUUAAUGAUAGGUUUCAAGCAAAAUAGAAGUUAUCCUGAUGUUUUGGUUAUGGGAUCAGGGCUUUGGCAUAUGCUUCAUAUGAAUAAUGCAUCGGAUUAUGGAUUUGCUUUGCAAUCAUUGAGGAGCUCUGUUGUAUCUUUGUUACCAUUUUCACCACAGUUGGGCGCAGAUGGGCCUGUUACAGGUUCUGUAUCUGUCAGAUCACCACAUUUAUUUUGGCUUGGCAUGCCAAUGUUGAUCAAUGGGAUGUUGAACACAGAGGAAAAGAGGGAAAAGAUGAGUGAUGAAAUGUGGCAUGCUUAUGACCGAGCCCUGCGUAAUAGUAGGCUCUUGCGUAGAUAUGGUGGUCCACUUUUAUUGCUGGAUAUUCAGUCCAUGAGUUGGAAUUGUGGGCCUCGGUGUACAGUUGAUGGGAUGCAUUACGAUGGAGCUGUUUAUGAAGCUGCUGUUCAUAUUUUGCUGAAUGCAUUGCUUAUCGAAUCUCAUCAGAAGCUUGGAUCCACAUAAUUUUGAAGUUUUAGCAUAUUGCACACCUCACGUUCAGAAGGCAUUGGAAGGUUUAUCCAACAAUUUUAGAGCUAUUGACUUGCAUGAAAGAUCAAAUCUUCAACUUAUAUUUCAUCUGUGGUUUUUCCCCCAGGUGCUGGAUUGUUUUGAUAAACUUUAUCUUCUUCAGUCAAUAGUUUCCUUUUAAGAUGUCUUAGCCUCUUGGAUGAAGUAACUGUGAGGAGAAUAUGGUACUUGUAGGGCAGCAGAGAUGAUAAAUGAAGCUGUAUACAGCGAAAGGUAUUGGAGCCACAUAAUCACCAUGUUUGAAUAGGUUAUGCAUAUGUCCAUAAGUAAAUUAAAAAAUCGUAAACACAUUUGACAGUUAGUUACAAUUAGGUUACAAUUUGGCAUUUUGAGGAUUGUGGUUUAUAUUGUAUCAAUUUAGCACGAGGACUUUUCUGGUAACAGUAACAGUCAUCUCAUAUCUUGAGUUUUCAGUA